UUGGUUUAACAUUCUUUGAACACGCCAAGGUGUCAUUGAAUGAUCACCAUAAUAAAUCAUGGCUUCUAUUCUGGAUGUUAUCAUGUUUAUGUACAUCGGUGUACAGGAAACCAUCUGUAUAAAAAUAGCUCUAUGAUGAAACUUACUGAUGACCACCAAAGUCCGAUGUCACGUUACGCAACCUUCUUUGUCAUGCGACUGUUAAUGUUAUAAAUGUUGUAUACUCAGCCAGUUUCGAUCAAAAAUCUUCUUAAACAGAAAUCUUUGAACGCGACAAGGUGCCAGUGACUGAACCACAUUCAAUCAUGGCUUCUAUUCUGGACAUGAUGGAUGCUAUCAUGUACAUCGGUAUCGGAAACCUACUGACCACCAUCUCUUUAUGUCUUCUUAUCUUCUGGUAUAUCCGCACCAACUGCUUGACCUCAUUCCAUUACCAUCUUCCGCCUGGACCACCGGUUAUUCCUUAUCCUUUCGAUGGUCUAUUAGCAUUGUUCCCUGGGAAGGAUAGGUUUGGACGUUUUAUACAACUUAGUAAGAGAUAUGGUGACAUCGUUUGUCUCCAGCUUGGCUCUAAGAUCUUGACCAUAAUUUCCAGCCCAGGGUUAAUUAAAGAACUCCUAGUCAGACAAGCUGAUGCGACUUCUAACAGACUACCGCCUCCCUUCUUUUCUCAUAUCAUAGAUUAUACAGGGGGCAUAAUAUUCACUGAUGGGGAACCGUGGCAAGAACUCCGUCGAUUUAGUCUUACUGCCCUCCGUAACUUCGGCAUGGGUCGGAAGGGCAUCGAGUCGCGGAUACAAGAUGAAGCACAUAUCCUCUGUAAUGCAUUCUCGCAACAGUCAGGAGAAGCGUUCGACGCUAUGCAUCUUACCAAUGCAGCCGUAUCCAACAUCAUCUGCAGUAUCACAUUCGGGAGGCGUUUGGAGUAUGAUGAUCCUGUUUUCAUUGAUGCGAUCAAGAGACUUAGAAACAUAACAGCUGGAAUGGGGAUAACCCCUAUCAUUCGUGAGCUAGUUUUAAGAUUCCCCAUUCUCCUCAAGACACCUUUAGUAAAGAUGCCCAAAGAAAACAUAUUAGGCAUAAAGAACUUUAUCAAUGCGGAGGUGAAAGAACACAUUGAGAGCUACGACUCUACAGACAUCCGGGACAUCAUUGAUAUGUACCUCACUGAAGCAGACCGAUUGGAUGAAAUCAAGGCUACCAAACCGUACAUAACUAAAGACGAUAUCUGGAUGUGUGUUUUCGAUCUGUUCUUUGCGGGAACCGAGACGACAUCUUCUUCAUUACUUUGGUUUAUUCUUGUUAUGGCAAGCAAACCCGAUGUACAAAAUAAGGUUAUGAGUGAGAUCGAUCGUGUUGUUGGUCGGGAGAGGGCUCCGUGCUACGACGAUCGCAAGGACAUGCCGUAUGUAGACGCAACUAUAACAGAGGUCCUCCGGUUUCGACCUGUUGUACCGCUAGGAGUAGGACAUGUGACCGACAAAGACGUCAAAAUCAGAGAAUACACCAUUCCAAAACAUACAGAGAUUCUUAUCAAUAUCCUUGCUAUUCACCUGGAUCCGAAUCUGUGGGACAAACCAGAAGAGUUUAACCCUGAACGUUUCCUAAGUGAAGAUGGGAAGACUGUUAUCAAACAGGAUGCAUUCACAGUAUUUGGGGCAGGUCGACGUGUGUGCCUCGGGGAGCAACUUGCCCGGAUGGAGUUUUUCCUCUUCGCGACAACCCUCAUGCAACAAUUUCAAUUUCAAUUACCUGAAGGUGAUUCAGCUGACUUUGGCUUUGAACAUUGUCUUGGUACCGUUGCUCCAAAGAGAUAUAAAGUCUUAGCUCAUGAACGAUAAUUCUAGUUUGGUUUCCUUCAAAGAUUCUUAAGCACGGAGGUAAAUAGACUGGGCUGACAGGACUUCAAAGAAUAUUCAAUUCAAUUCACUGUUUAUUAAAACAAGAGUUUUUGCAGCCAAAUGGCUAAAUAUUGGUCACUCUGUUAGAAAAUUUAUCCUUAAAAUAAAAGAAGUUCCUUAAGCAGAGUCUCGACAACACCUGUAAUCUUACCAGAUU